AUGUCACGAAAACCGGCGUCCGCGCUCCCGGUAAUCAGCACCGAGGAUAUGUGCCCCGUGUGCAAGACGAUCCGGUACCUCAACAAAGACAUGGAAUUCCUCAUCAACCCAGAGUGCUACCACUCGAUGUGCUCGAACUGCGUGAACCGACUAUUCAACGACGGACCAAACCAGUGUCCCUACGCGAGGUGCCACCGUACCCUACGGCGGCGGGGAUUCCGCAGCGCCUUCUUCGGGGACCUGUCGGUGGAGCGGGAGGUGGACAUACGGCGGCGCGUCGCGGCCGUCUUCAACCAGGCCGAGGACGACUUCGAGACGCUGCGCGACUUCAACAACUACCUGCAGAUGGUGGAGGACCUGACCUUCGACCUGGUGUCGGGCGGGGACGCGCAGCGGCGCGCCGCCGAGGCCACCCUGCAGCAGUGGGAGGCCGAGCACAAGGCCGACAUCGAGCGCAACCGGCGCGCCGGCAAGGAGGCCGACGAGCAGUCGCGGCGCCGCCUGGCCGCCGAGCGCGACGCCGCGCGCCAGCGGCGCGUCGAGGCCCUGCGCGAGGCCGAGGAGGAGAAGCUCGAGCGCGUGCGCAGCCGCGAGGCCGAGCUGGACAGCCUGGCCCAGGGCCAGACGGGUGCCGGCGGUGGUGCGCAGAGGGUGCAGCUGAAGAGGCGGGGGCAUGCGGCCGCGAACCGGGCGGUCGAGGCGGCGGUCAACACGGCCGCGGCCGCCGCGGAUGUUGGGCGGCUGUCGAUCCGCGGGCUCAAGGAGAAGAAGAAGGCGCCUCCGCCCGAGGGGCCGUACGAUCCGUUUGGAGGGGUGGACUUCGUGCCGAGCAGGUACAAGGUGCACGAGGGGCUCACGCACCCGGCGAUCGACAAGUACAAGGGCGACCCAGGGCACAUUACGGGCGGGUAUAGCUUUGACGAGUACACGACGAGGGCCAUGUUUGAAGCGUUUGCGGGGUUGGGGGUCUUUAUCGAGGACGAAAAGGAGGCCGGCAUUGGGUUGUCUGCUGGGGAGGUGGCGACCAUCAGCGCGGGGAUGGCUGCCGUGGGUGACAGGAUGGAGGUAGACUAA